UGCUUACUGUAAAGUGAUUAACAAUGGCAGAUUCAUUGAUGGUUUUCUCCUCCAUUAAUUCGGAUUACUUUAUGAUUUUCUGCAGAACAGAGAUGAAUAGUAUUAAGACUGAUGAAAUCCACAUGUACUAGCAUUACACUGCUUUUUUCCCCAUUGCAUACCAAGGUGAAAACUUUUCCUUGUAAGUGUUGACAAAUACUUAAAAAUUUGGAAGGAUAUGUUAAAUGUAAACCAUAAAGUGCUGGCAGUUUCCUGUCCGGGCCAGGGGUCGUGAAACAUUUAAAUAUCAUGCUAACAUUCAAGGACUUUGUUUCUCAUGGGUUUAUUGCAGUAGACAUGUCUCUUUGAGUUUACUCUGGAUUUUUACUUCAGAAUGACAAGAUAUGCUCGGUUAAUUGCCCACUACCCCUAUGUGAUCAUUGUGAGCAUCCUUUGUUUGGCUGUUGUUUGCCUGGUGCUGUGUGUGACAGUGGUGGAACUACCAAACUUCCAGGAUCCUAGAGCAGGAUUUGAACCAAGAGGAACUGAUAUUGCAAACAGAAUUAUUGCAUAUAACAACCUGGUGGAAAAUCGAAAUGGAAAGAUUUCAAUCAAACCAGGACCUAAGUGGGGCCAUCAUAGGAGUGAACCUGAUACCAUACAUUAUAUCACAAAAAACCAGACUAGACAGAGAAUCACAAGGUCAGAAAGGAGGCUAACAGAGCAAGCAGAUAGGCAUGAUAUUGAGGACAGAAGUACUCAUCACCAAAAACAGUCUUAUUUCUGCAAUAUUGAAGCCAGCUACUUUUCAUUCUUUGCACGGAUUGUCUUCAGUAGUGCUGAUGGCAGUAACUUGUUUACUGCUUCCAAGCUGAAAGAGAUGUGCCAUAUUGAAGACCACCAUAUUCGAACACAUUCCACUUUCACAGCAAAUUGUCAGACACAGAGUAAUAAACAAUGUUGCCUAAGCUGGUCUCUCGGUAACUAUGUUGCUAUGUUGUCAGGCAAGAGUAACUGUUCUUCCAUCACUGACCAGGAUGUUAGAAAAGUUGAAGAAUUGUUGAGAUUUUGUGCUGGACACUACUACAACAAGACUCUGAAUCCCACUUGUGACACAGACCAAGGAUCCCGCUAUUAUUGCUCAGGUAUUCCCAAGGAGUGUGUAGAAUUCCAGUCAGUAUACAAUAUUCUUCACCAUAUAGCAGAUGUGAACUUUAUCCAUCCAGACAAAGAAAACCAAAAAUUGUUUUUAACAUAUGCUAUAAUGUACUUGCCCCUGGUGGGCGGAGUUGACUCAGUAAAGCUAUUUCAACACAUCGAAUCAUGGCCAAAAGACUUUGGCAAUGAAGUUCGUGUCACUGGUGCUAAUUUUGGAAUUAAGGGUACAUUAUUUAGUCAGCAUUUGAUUGCAGAUAGCAUGUGGCUGCUGGUAUCUGGCAUUAUUAUUUUUUUGGUGAUAUGGUUGUAUAGUUUAUCUAUUUUCAUUACAGUUAUGACUUUCUUUAUGAUGUUUUGGUCUCUGGAGAUAGCCUAUAUUUUAUACAUGCUGGUCUUUCGUAUUGGUUUCUUUCCGUAUAUGAAUCUCGUUGCUGUUAUUAUAAUUCUUGCCAUUGGAGCAGACGACGUCUUUAUUUAUUGCAGGGUGUGGAGACUGGCCAAGUCUGUGCGUAAUAAUGGUAACCUUGAAAAAAUUGUAUCGGACACUUUACGUAACGGAAGUGUAUCGAUGUUUGUGACGAGCCUGACCACAGCCGCUGCCCUGUAUUGUAAUGCAUUCAGUUCCAUUACUUCCAUUAAAUGUUUCAGUAUCUAUGCGGGAACUGCUGUUUUGUGUAACUUUAUUCUUGUUGUUACGUGGAUGCCGGCGUCCAUUGUUAUUUAUGAAAAAUGGUGCAACUGUGAAAAACUUUAUAAUCCCGAACUAUCUUCAAGAAAAAAUGUGUGCUUUUAUAUUUGUAAACUACCACAGCAAGCAUAUCAUAAAUUCUCAGAGUGCAGCAGGAUCCUGUUUGAAAAACUCCUUCCGUUUCUUGUAAUUCGCGCUAGAUUUAUAUGGUUAGUGAUUUUUAGUUUGUUAGGAAUUCUCGGUAUAGUUGUUAUAUUUUUUUACCCUAAACUAAAACUUCCCACUUCAGAGAAAUUCCAAGUAUUUUCUUCAAAUCACUUAAUGGAGAAAUAUGACUUCGUUUUGAAUGAUCAGUUCUGGUUUGAAAGACAACAACGAAAGCAAGAGAUUCUUCCGUUACGGUUCGUGUGGGGGGUCAAAGCGACUGAUACCGGGUCUUGUCUGGACCCCACUGAUAAAGGAGACAUCGUCUUUGAUGAGCAUUUUGAUCCUACGACCCAGGAGGCUCAAUUAUGGAUGCUCAAUUUUUGUCAGGAUUUGCGUCAAACAGAUUUCUAUCAAAACGUCGGUGGUUUUGAGCAGACAAAUUGUUUCUUCGAAUUCUUUAGUCUUUUUAUGCAGCAGCCAUGUUCCCUAGACUUUCACAAUCAGAGACCCUGUUGUAAUUACACUACAAGUCUAAUAAAGCCCCAUGACAUAAUGCAGUGUGUUCCAGUUUACAUUCCGUCUUUGAUAAACUCUCCAAGUGUUAUCUAUAACUCUUUUACUUCUGGUCCAAGAUUUACAAAUGGCAGAUUCAGUGCCUUGAUCAUUGAGUUCUACAGCAACUUUCAUUUUACUACAUCCUUUCACGAUAUGUCUAAUUUUUACAACAAAGUGGAACAGUUCUUUCAAGAGAAAUUAAAAUCAGCCCCACCCGAGGUCAAACAUGGCUGGUUUGUAAGUGAACUUGACUUUUUCAGUCUCCAGAAAAGUCUUAGUGAAGAGACUCCUGUGGCUUUGGGAAUCUCUCUCUUCAUCGUUACUGUUGUGACUUUUCUGACAACACUAAAUGUUCUGAUUAGUGUUUUUGCCAUUGUGAGCAUCGCUUUUGUAAUGUUUGUCACCAUUGCAGCGCUGACAUUGUUGGGCUGGGAGCUGAACAUUCUGGAGUCUGUUGUAAUCACAGUAGCAGUGGGACUUUCCAUAGACUUGACAUUACACGUUGGAGUAUCUUUUCGAAACUCGCCUGAUCUCAGUAGCGAACUCCGUGUAGCGUCCACUACUAGUAAACUCGGUGGAGUCGUUACAAUGGCAGCUACAACUACAUUCCUAGCGGGGGCGCUGAUGAUGCCGUCAACCGUUUUGGCAUACCAAAAAUUUGGCACCUUUUUGAUGAUCAUUAUUUCUAUCAGCUGGACCUACGCAGUGUUUUUCUUCCAGUCUCUCUUAUGUGUAUUAGGACCUCAUGGAGGGUUUGGACAAUUCCACUGGCCCUCGGCAAAAUUCUGCCACAGAACCGACAGAAAACAUGUAGACAAGACAGUGUAUUUGACUACCGAGUCCUCGUCUGGUUGUUACCCACCGUCGAGCAGCUUCAGCGAGCCGUCGCAAGACAUAGAAAUCAUUUCGAACACUCCGAAACCUUCAUUGUUCCAACACCGACGGUCCCGCUCCCGGGGGCAUUAUAUGAAAGCGCACACACGAAGUGACAGUCCUGAGUCCAAUAAUUCAGAAAGAAAGGAGAGUCAGGUUAAAUUCUCAGAAAGCUGUGAAAUAGCAAAUUCUUCUCCUGAGAUAAUAGAUGACAAAAGAACGUCACGGACUGAUGAUUCUGUGUUUAAGGAAUCGAGAGCGGAUAACGAGGUAGAAGGUUGUAGCCAGUCUUUCAAACCGAUUCCGAUCGAAAUUCAUUUCAGAGAAAGUUUGACUUGAUGUUCGCGAUAUAGAUGUGAUAUUACCAUUAUAAUUACUCUGGUUACAAAGAGUUGUACAUUCCUUUUACAUUAGCCUAAAUUUUAGUUAGUUUUUUUUCUUUAUUCAAACUGCAGUAUGUUACUUGAAUGACACUGUUGAAUAGAAUUUAGCCAAUGCUAUAAUUAAUUAUUAAUUUAGUAUGGAUAUUAAAAUUCUCUACAUUUCCAAAAUACCCAUGAGGUUGAAAUAGCUGAUUGGUAACAUUACAGAGUGGGAUUGAUGCCUUUGGAUUUAUUUUUAUGUACUGGAGGUUUUUGUUACUCUUUUGGAGAUCUGACGUAAUAUUUUUAUUACUGAAGUAUACAGACCCUAGAAUACUUGAUUGACCUUUUAGUAUUUUUAUACGGAUUGUAGGUUUAAAACAGGUACUUUUAGUUGUUUUUUUGUUUGUUGAAUACGUAAGUGGAUACUGAGUCUGUACAUUGUCUUUCUGACAUAUUUUCUAUUUAUCAAUAAAAAUCUGCAUUAUGACUACUUUAAAGUAGAAAGUAUGUCAGAAAAACGAUAUGUUUAGAUACUUAUUUAUUUUUAUCCUGUCAUUAAUAUCGCGCAUUGAUUAGCUUUACUAAUUCAUUAAACAGUUUCUGCAUUGUAAUGCUAACUUAAAAUAUGUUUAUUUUAUAACGCAAGAUUACACAUGUUAUAUUAUUUGUUAUUGUUUACCGUUUUAUAAAAUCAUUAUUUUGUUUUGUUGUCCUAUCUUGCCGGGAAAUUUGUUUAGCGCCAUCAGUCUAGUUCUAGUUAUAUACAAAGUG